CACGACAUCAGUUGUACAGGACAGACAGUGGUUAAACAGGUACACUCAGCCACCUCGCCUAGGGGCCCAUGAUUUAGCUUAAAAAACUCUCAGUUUGCUACAAAAAUUUCUCCCAGGAAUGUGUUGGACGGGAAUACGAAGUGCCGACCACAACCAACUAUCCUCACAGAAAGUUUUCACUGUCUUCUCUGCAGUUGAUCCUGAGGACCUCUCUUUCUACUGUUGAUUCACAUUAUGUCUUACUCUUCCUCCACCCUCAAAAGAUAUGUGGACAACUCUUACUCCAAGAGUUAUGGAGGGCUUAACUCGUAUACCUCCAACUUCAGCUCAUCUUACAGUGAACGAGAAAAGCUGCCUUACAAAUCUAGCCUAGGUGGCUCAUAUCUCUCCAGCCCAUCUCAUCUGCGUGCUUACCAAGACUUUGAUCGGAGUCUUCCACGACUGGAUGUAACAAGUAAGAGGACUGAGAUUUCUACACGUUCUCCAUUCAAAUAUGGGACAAAUAGCUUCUCCACACAAUAUGGAUACAAUAACAAUUAUUCAUCACUUGCAACCUCUUCAACCACCUCUUUAUCCCGCAAAAAGUCCUCCAGCCACACUGACCUAUCCCAUGGACUCUCUGAGCUGCGGGCCUCAGAUACUUACUAUUAUCGCAGCCCUGCACUGACCCGCAGUUAUUUGGAUGUGGAGGGCACCUCACGGAUUCCACGAGCAUCAAACUAUAAUGAGUCUUAUGAUGUCUAUGGCAAAAAGCGUGGAAGUACAAAUACUUAUGGAGCUUCUGAAUCAGUCACUUCCACUGCAAAAAACAACUCACGUCUUACAUAUUCACAAGACAAGAGUGAUGGACCCAGCAGUAGAGAGAUAACGUCUGUUAAAUCGGUACAAGGAUUGGUCGGUCUACGGAAUCUGGGGAAUACAUGCUUCAUGAACUCCAUACUCCAAUGUCUAAGUAACACCAAGGACCUCCGAGACUAUUGUCUGCAGAACUCUCAUCGUCGGGAUCUGAAUUCGAAGAACUGUAAUACAGCUAUCAUGGAGGAGUUUGCUCGCCUCCUUCAAGCAAUGUGGACAAGUUCAGCCAAUGAGGUGGUCAGCCCCUCGGACUUCAAAACUCAGAUACAGCGAUAUGCUCCAAGAUUCAUGGGAUACAACCAGCAGGAUGCUCAGGAAUUUUUGAGAUUUCUGUUGGAUGGUUUACACAAUGAAGUCAACCGAGUAAUUGUUAGACUGCGUCCCUCCAACCAAGAUCUGGAUCAUAUGCCUGAUACAGAAAAAGGGAAAGAAAUGUGGAAAAGGUAUCUUGAGAGGGAAGACAGCAGGAUUGUGGAACUGUUUGUUGGACAGUUAAAGAGUUCUCUCACAUGCACGGAAUGCGGAUAUUGCUCCACUGUUUUUGACCCCUUUUGGGACCUGUCCCUACCAAUUGCUAAGAAGACACCUGAAGUGUCUUUGAUGGACUGCAUCCGUCUCUUCACCAAGGAAGAUGUACUUGAUGGAGAAGAAAAGCCAACCUGUUGCAGGUGCAAAGCUCGAAGAAGAUGCACCAAGAAGUUUACCGUACAGAAAUUUCCCAAGAUUCUUGUACUCCAUCUCAAGAGAUUCUCUGAAGCUCGAAUCAGAAGCAGUAAACUUUCCACAUUUGUGAACUUCCCUCUUAAAGACUUAGAUUUGCGUGAAUUCUCUUCUGAACCAAGCUCUCAUACAAAAUAUAAUCUGUACGCUGUGUCCAAUCAUACGGGUACCACUAUGGGAGGACAUUACACAGCCUACUGCAAGAAUCCCAAUAAUGGAGAGUGGUACACUUUUAAUGACUCAAGAGUUACAGCAAUGUCUUCGAGCCAAGUUAGAAGCAGUGACGCAUAUGUACUGUUCUAUGAGUUGUCUGGUCCCUCUUCUCGAAUGUGAACUCCUACAACAUCUAAUACCUCGAACGUGCACCAUUCAGAAACAGAAACCCAUUUGCUGCAGAGACACACUCUACUUUUAAUUUGUAUUUAUUUUUUUAUUAUUCUGAUUUUGUUGGGUGCACACAGACUAAACAACACCAGCAUUUAAUAUAAACAACCAUUUUGCCUUAUCUAAGCAACCAGAAAACACAAACUGCAUUUCCAGUGGAAGCUAAAUGAACCUUUUCUACUAGCAGCAUUUGGCAAAUGAAGGAAAACGGAUGUUGCCUCCAGCUCUGUGGUGAAGACACAGUUCCCAUUUAAGUUGCAGUUUAGGUAGUGUGGUCUGCUGAUCCCUCUGCUGGUUGUCUUCAGUAUUGCAUAGAGUUACCAUUAACCUGCUGAUUCUCAAAUAGCGUGUAGAGUGGUUUUAAGAAGCAACUCACUGACUUGCACCUGUUUAAAAAUACAUGACUGUCCGUCUUCAUCAAAGGAAUUCAAUAUGUAUUUCGGAAACAGUGUUAGGAAUUUAAUAAUUUAGUGUUAUAAAGGCUAUUGGAAACCUAUAUGUAGACGUUUGCCUAAUCUAGCUUCAUGAGUGGUUAAAGAGUGUUAUUUCACUCAAUGAAUUAGGCAUUCAAGCCCAACUGCAUUGCAGGAGCCUAUUUGUACGAGCCUAAUUAUGAAAAGGUUGGGAAAUGAUAUUGUCAUCAAGUCAUAGCUGUACAUAAUGUUGCAUGUUUGAAGAGUGCAGUGUGCUUUUAAUGAAUUAAAAGUAAUGCCCAGUGGAGCUCUCAGAAGAGAUGAAUAUGUUCUGGAAUGAUAUGUUUGUAAAAGUUGGGUGGAUUUAAAGAAUAUACCACAUAAAGAACCACUCCAUAUGAAAGGUCCAUCUGUCGACCGCAAUAUUUGGUAAGCUGAAUUCUUCCCCUAGCUAUUUCAGUUUAAUGAGCGUUAUAGUUUAAUGAAAACCAAAAGGCUAUUAGAAGUGGUAGAAAGAGGUGGAGAAAAAUAAUAUUUGUUUGCAUAAUUUCUUUAUCAGAAAUGCAUACCUACUCUAUAGAUGUGUGAUGUACGGAACAACCUGUAUGCUUGCAGUGUUUAUGUACCCAGUGUGUAGAGCAAGAUGUGCCUCAUAGAUAAAUUAUGUACUAACCUCUCAGGAAGUGAAUAUUUUUGAGGUUGCACAUUCAAUUUUGGGGAGGAGUGGGUCAUACAACAGGCUCCUCUGUCUCACUGAGCCAGUGCUUACCAUGUAAGUGUCUAGGAUUUGUAUGAAGGGAACUCUAUAUUCAGUCUGACUAUGUUCUAUGCAAAUGUACAUAUCCUAAUUACACUCUUUUACAAACCA